GACGCGAUUUUGAAACAAGCUCCCCGGCCGGCCCUGAAGAGAGUAGAAAUAUUUGUUUGUUGUCUUCUGCAAACGGAGUCGCAGGCCAGGUACUAGGCCAUAGGUUGAACUGGGUGGUACUAGUAGAUGUCAUGAUAGAGUAAUGGCUGCUCCGCUCAGAUCUUGCUGCUGUUCACCUGGUGCUAAUUUGCUUCGUCGCAGUGCUGAUUUAUUUGCUGGACAGACCAGCCAAAUUACCACCAGGCAUGUUUCUCCUGGAAUACCAAACACAGUGAACGUCUUCGACAGGAAAGUUAAGCGCAUACAGAAGAACCGGGCGUCAGCAGCAGCGGAUGUGCAUAUUUAUGAUUACCUGAAGGACUACGCAGCACGUGGCCUGGCUGAGAGGCUUAGUGACGUGACGAGGGACUUUCCUUGCUCCUUGGAUCUAGGCUGUGGGCGUGGGCAUGUUGCCAAAUACCUGCCCAAAGGUAUUGUGAAGACGUGGAUCCAGUGUGACUACUCUGACCAUAUGCUGCUGCAAAGCGCCACCCCAAAAGAUGUGGAAGAGGUGUACAGGCUAGUUGCCGAUGAAGAGUUUAUACCGUUCAAGGAGAACACAUUUGACUUGGUUGUUAGCUGUAUGAGUCUACACUGGGUCAAUGAUCUUCCCAGUACAUUGAACCAGAUCAAGAAGGUGCUGAAAGAGGACGGUGUCAUGAUCGGCUGUAUGCUGGGUGGUGAGUCACUGUACCAGCUACGUUCGGCUCUGCAGGUUGCUGAGACGGAGGUGAAGGGUGGCUUCACAUCGCACGUCUCGCCGUUUGCUGGCUCGUCUGACGUCGCAUCGCUACUCUCCGCAGCUGGUUUUUCGAUAACAACAGUUGAUACGGACGAGGUGACGGUGCGCUAUCCAAGUUUACAGGCCGCAAUGAGAGACCUGCGCGGAAUGGGUGAGAGUCAUGCCACGGUGGACCGAAGCUCUUUGCCCUUAUCACGCCGUGUACUGUCACGCUCUGAGCAGAUCUAUAAGGAGUACUACGGUGAGUCUGAUGAAAAGCAUGGUACUGCACUACCACUGACUUUUGACUUUGUCCAGUUUAUUGGUUGGAAGCCUAGUGCUACCCAGCCGAAGCCGGCCCGCCGUGGAUCUGGUACAAAGGCAGUUCUAGAGCAAACACCAACAAGUUAGUAACAAGUUAGUCAAACACCAUUGCAUUACAAUAGUAGUGUUCCAAGUUGACGUUGUGAAUUUUUCUACCAAACCCCCACGCAUGGCAUCAUGCCUAGUGAUCAGCAGCACUAUCAGCUGCUCUGAAUUCCAGGCCCACUUGCAAUGCAAGCCAUGUGUGAGUACCCACUACCCCUUUUACUUCAUCAUUUUAGGGCUGGCAAUAUCUGUUUAUUUUUUAGGUGCCAGUGCGAAAAUUGAUUUUUGGUGACUUUCCCACCCUUAGUUGUUCGUAGGCACCUCUGUGGUAGGUUAGACAUGGUGUUUUUGGCUUUUAGCGCUUUUUAGGAUUUAGCCUUUUUAAAUUACCUUUUUAGUUGUAGGAUCUGGUGUGCAAUUUGCAUACGACAUUGUAUUCGGUUCAGUCAGACUGCAGUAUCCCUCUAAACCACUAGUAUCUGAUUGUGUUCUCAACUUCGCGUCGUGAGUGUCACCAUGCCACUGUCUUCAGGACACGUUUCUAAAAAAACAUAUCCUAAUAUGUA